ACGGUUAGCUCCGGGUUCAAAGAGAGACUGUGUCUCAAGGAAAGUAGGUAAAGAAGAGGACACCCAAUGUCAUCCAGUCUCAAACACACACACACACACACACACACACACACACACACAGAGAGAGAGAGAGAGAGAGAGAGAGAGAGAGAGAGAGAGAGUCACACAAACACACACGCACCCACACACGCACACAUGCACAGAGAGAGAACACUGUUUCCAGUCUAUUUUUAAGUGUGAUUCAUGUCCCCAAAUCUGCAAUUUACAGAUGAAAAGAUUGAAAGAGAAGACUAUGAUUAUGAAAUCAUCAGCCCACACCCAUUGGGCACUUUCUUUAACAAGUUCUGCGGGUUGCAUACUGUUAGACCUAGCCAGCACUUGAAAGGCUGAAGCAAAAGGAUAGCAAGCCCAAGGCUAGCUUGGACUAUAUGCCAGGAUGUGUGUGUGUGUGUGUGUGUGUGUGUGUGUGUGUGUGUGUGUGUGUGUGUUAGAAGCUAUGUUAAGUGCCUGCUGCACUGUCUCAGAGUCUUACUGAGUAUGCAGCAACUCUAUGAAGUCAGUCCUGCAGUUUCUCCCCUUUUACAGAUAAAAGAGCUGAGGCUUUUAAGUUAAGUGACCCAGUACUAAGUGGCAGUCACAUUUUAAGAUCCAUCGUGCACCAAAGCCCAUGUCUUUAUACCAUGACAAGUCACUUUUCCACACAUAGACAGUAGAGAGCCUGAAAGGGUAAGAACUAUGGUCACUCUACUUCCUAUUUUAGUAUAGAUAAUAUCCUACAUUAUAUCCUCUUAAUGUGUUUAUUAUGAUGCAUGGUCUCAACAACACUGACAUGUAUAGUCAGGUGCUGUACUAAACUGAUGUAAAAAUUUCUGGACUGUUUAAGCUUUGAGGGAGAAUGGGGUUUAGAUUUUUUUAAGGAACUGUCAAUCACUUGAUUUGAGUAUUUCAGUGAAGCAGACUGCUAUGGAGAAGACUGUCUCCCGUGUGCUAUUAAAAAUUGAGCUCAUGACUACUGUCUGUCCUUUUAGAAGACUCAGAGGCUGCAGUCUGUGACCUCAUGUAGAAAACAGCCACCGAGGCUCUAGCCAGGAUCAUUUUUAGGUCUUUAAUUUUGGCAAGCACACAUUUGAAAAGCAGAUUAAAUUCGUCCAAUUUGUUUUAGAAGUAUAUAUUACGAAGCACAGGGAGGCUCCGAACCCACAAGGCAGAUCUGGAGAAGUUUUAAUGGCGAGCUGUUCUGAAGGUAAACAUUCCCCUGGAAGCCUUGGUUGCUGCCUGCUCAGAAACUUCUUCCCAUCUGUUUCAUUGUCGUGCAGCGUGUCAUAGUAUUUUCUUGGCAUCCACUUGACAUAUUGCUAAAAUGCUACCUUUCCCCCUGUCAUUUUCAAGAAAAACUUAGAAGUAUGCCACUUUUCCCCCCUGUAACUUUGAGGAAACUAGAACACAGCAGGUGGUGUUUCACGUGGACACUUUUGAAAGUUUGUUUCUUCUUACCUCCAAAGCCCUCUGUGGAGAAUUAGUAGAAGGUUGAAGCAUGCAUGGAUAAAAUGGAUCGUCUUAAAGGAUUGCUACUCCAAAAAUACAUCAGCAGGACUGGGCAGGUUUGACUUAAUGAGAUUCCUAUUUUAGCUUGACUCCUGGAACUCUGAAGAACUAUAAAUUGAGCCACACAAGACCCUGGGAAGGAGGCGCCUCUUUGGGUCGCAUAUAGAAUUUCCUUCAGACUCUGAAAAGAUAUGUCUAGUUGUCAGUUUCCUAAAGAAUUAGACUGUUGAUAUUUAGCAAUUUUAAUACAGGAAAGGAUAGAUAGAAAUCCCUGGCACAUAUUGCACUGAUAACCAAAUUUGGUUACAGAAACUGGUACUGGGAGCUCAGAGACGAGGUCUGCACCAGGGACGAGGUCUGCACCAGCGGCCGCUGAGAUGGCAGAGGCUCCUGCAGAAGCCGUGACUCAGCCAGUAACCGUGAAGAAAAAGAAGAGUUUGUCCAUUGAGGAAAAGAUUGACAUCAUAAACGCAGUGGAAAGUGGCAAGAAAAAGGCAGAGAUCGCAGCUGAAUAUGGAAUAAAGAAGAAUUCAUUGUCUUCCAUUAUGAAAAACAAAGACAAAGUUCUGGAAGCCUUUGAGUCCUUGAGAUUUGAUCCGAAGAGAAAAAGACUGAGAACGGCGUUUUAUACGGAUCUGGAAGAGGCAUUGAUGAGAUGGUAUCGGAUUGCCCAGUGUCUAAAUGUUCCAGUUAAUGGUCCGAUGUUGCGUCUGAAAGCUAAUGAUUUUGCCCAGAAGCUGGGACACAAUGACUUUAAGUGCAGCAACGGUUGGCUGGACCGUUUUAAGUCCAGGUACGGCUUGGUAUUCAGAGCUCAACCUGUAGAAGCCACGGGAAUAUCUAUAGACCCUUCCACUGUCUGGUACCAAAAUGUGCUUCCUUAUUACUUAAAUGAUUAUCAUCCCCGAAAUGUUUUCAAUGUAAAAGAGACUGGACUGCUUUAUCGCAUGUUACCUACAAAUACAUUUGCAUUUAAAGGAGAGACAUGUUCAAUUGGAAAGUUGUGCAAAGACAGGAUAACGCUAGCAGUCGGUACAAACAUGGAUGGUUCCGAGAAGCUUCCUUUGCUUAUUAUUGGGAAAAACCGAACUCCACGUUGUUUCAAAGGUGUAAAAUCAUUGCCUGUGCAUUAUGAAGCUAGCAGAACGGCAUGGAUGACUGCAGCCAUAUUUGAGCAGUGGAUGCGGAAGCUUGAUGACAAAUUUCAAGCCCAGCAACGAAGAGUGGUGAUUUUUGUUGAUUCUUUUCCAGCACAUCCAGAGGUGAAAAACCUAAAGUCUAUUGAGUUAGCAUUCUUCCCAUCCUGCUUGUCUUCCGAAUUUGUAGCUAUGAAGCAGGGUGUUAUUAAAAGCCUUAAAAUCAAAUAUCGGCAUUGUCUUAUCAAGAAAUUUUUAAGUUCUGUUGAAAGUAGCAAAGAAUUUACAUUUUCGCUGCUAGAUGCGGUUGAUACAUUGCAUCUCUGCUGGAGAGCUAUAACCCCAGAGACCAUCGUUAAAAGCUAUGAAGAAGCGGGGUUCAGGUCCCCCAAAGGGGAAAAUGAUACGCCGCAUUCAGAGAGUGACGCUACUUUUGACCUAGCUGCCCAUGCUCUGGGAGCAGGAGUCGAGCUUCCCGAAGGCUUGUCCAUAGAGGAAUACGCUGCCCUGGACGAGGAUCUAGAGACCUGUGAAGCCACCCCAAAUGAUGAUGCAAGUAAACCAGAUGAAACUGGUUUCUAUGUGUCUGAUGAGGAGGAGGAGGAGGAGGAGGAGGAGGAUAGUGGAGCUCCAGAAGUGGACCCACCCUUACCAUCCAAGAAUGAAGCAAUCGAAGCUGUAGGCACACUUAAAAGAUUUCUUAGAAGUCACGAGAUGAAUGAUGAACUCCACAAUUCUUUAGCAGACCUUGAAAACUUUAUUAACGCUUUGUCACCUAAAUAGUCAUGGAUUGUACAUCUGCGGAGCAGGAACUUUCCCCCGUGUGUUUUAUUAUGUAAGGAACAUAAAAGGAAAGUAUCAAUUAAAUAAGAAAAGAGAAAAACCUAA